AUGGUAUGUUUGAAGAUCUUCAGCAUGGUGGAGGACAUGAAAAUGUUCCUUCAAUUUCCAUGGGGAAAGGUGUCAUUCAAUUCAACAUUGAAGGGUAUUGACAAGGACAUGAAACAUCUUCGGCAGCUAUAUGUGGAGAAGAAGGAAACCUGCAAGGGGAACUGUGAUGUUGCUUAUACUAUUAGUGGGUUCGCCAUAGCCUUCCAAGUUUGGACAUAUUUAGUUAUGAAGACAUGUGUCCCCAAAUUUGCGGAUAUGAUCGAGGAAAAACAUAUAUGCCCAAGGAUAUUACUCUUUACAGCCUCUAGAAGCAACACCAACAUUAGCCAAGAGGUAUCCAAUGCCCUUUUCAAAUGCAAUGUGUUUAACAAGAUUGAUGAGAAGAGAAAGAAUGAAGAUGUCAGUACUCCCAAACCGACGCCCAAGAGGAGAAAACCAAUUAAAAUCACACUAGCCAAGAGGACCGAGAAGUCAUUUAGUGAUGAAUCUAGCCAAGACAGCUUUCGGUCUACUACUCGUGAAUCUAGCCAUGUCCCUUUAGCAACGAGUCCUCAAAAGAAAGAAGACAAUUCUCCAACUAGCCAAGACAAUCUGGUGACUCAAGCCCAGAAUGAUGUCAAGUUUGAUGAGCUGAGAAAGGAUAUGAAGGAGCUUACAAGGGAUGUGAAGGAGCUUAAAACUGAAAUGAAGGUAAUGAAAGAGGAUCAACGGGUUAUGUUCAAUCACAUAAUCCAAUUAUUGGGUGAAAUAAAACAAAAGAAAGAUGUUGCUGCUGAUGAUGAUUUAGUGGAGAAGGAUUUGGAGAUGAACAAAGAUGCUGCUGAUGAGAAUGAUGAUAUUGAUGAUCUGUUGAAUGAGAAAAAAGAUGCUGCUGAUGAGAAUGAUGUUGUUGAUCGGUUGAAUGAGAAAGAAGAUGCUGCUGAUGGGUUGGAUUUCAACAAAGAAUCUGAUGAGAAUGAUGCUGCCGAUGGGUUGGAGAUGAUAAAGAAUGAUGAUGAUGAACACAAAGAUGAUGCUGUUUUUGAUGAACACAAAGAUGAUGUUGUUGUUGAUGAACACAAAGAUGCUCAUGAUGUUGGGUUGGAGGAUGAUGUUGUUGUUGAUAGGUUGGAGAUCAACACAGAAGCUGAUGAUGAUGAAAACAAAGAUUCUGUUGUUGUUGAUGGUUUGGAGAUCAACAAAGAAGCUGUUGUUGAUGAACACAAAGAUGCUGUUGUUGUUGAUGGGUUAGAGAUCAACACAGAAGCUGAUGAUGAUGAAAACAAAGAUGAUGCUGAUAAUGAAAACAAAGAUGCUGCUGUUGUUGAUAAGAAUGAGAAUGAAAACAAAGAUGUUGAUGUUGUUUUUGAGAAUGAAAACAACAAAUUAGCUGAUGAGGCUGAGUUGGGAAAGAAUGAAUUGUCCACGAAGAAGAAGAGGAAGGAACAGAGUUUUCGGAGAAAGAAAAAGUCCACACAAUUGGGGAACUACACAGAUCCUAAUGGAAAAUCCUUUAAACUCAUUGAUCCAGUAACUGUCAAUCCUCUUUUAGAUUAUGAUAGUGAACUGAUGGAUGAGUUGAAACACUGGCUGAAGCUGCAGGAUAAAGACAAGAUAAAUCUGGUUCUUUUCUAUGCUGGUCGAGAUUUGUUUAACAGAAUGUUGAGGCCUCAGAAUUGGCUACAUGAUCAUGGAUUUAUCAAAAAGAAUCAGUAUGACAAGUUCAUGAAACCACUAUGUGAAAUGAUUCCAUAUAUGAUUCUAAAUAGAACGACCGAGUUUGACAGGAUCAAAUAUCCUAAGUUCAGUUUGGAAGGAAUGUCAUAUGUUGUAAUACCACACCCAAGAGUCCCCAAGUGCACCAAGAGUGGAGACUGUGGUCUUUUUACAAUCAUGUAUUUGGAGUACCUUAUUGCCAAAUUGGAUAUAUCAGCUGUGACAACAUAA